UAAAAAGAUCUAAUAAAUCAAAAAUCUCAAAUAAUGUAAAACAGUUUAAAAAUUAAAUUCAUAUUAGUGUUUAAUUUAAAAUUUGUGUUAAUGAAGCUAUGUUUUACAUCAAUCUUUAAAUAAUAUAUUUUCUACAAAUUCACAAUACUAAUUUACCUAUCCAGUUAUUCAUAUCUUUUUAAAUGUUAAAAAUAAUUAUAUUAGUAAUAAAUUAAAUAAAUAAAUUUAUCCUUUUGAAUUUUCUAUUUAGAGGGUAGUCAUUGUUAAUUUAGGAUAGUUAGUCUUUAGGGCUAAACCCCCACAUUUAUGAUGAUAUUAUGAUUUUAAUUCCAUAGUUUUUAUGCAAUAUAUUUUACAUUAUUAUUAAUAUGUACCAUUGUAGAGAGUAUUGUGCACUUAAUAACCCAAUAACUAAUUUGUUCAUGAAAUCGAAUGGUUUAUUAAUUUUGGAUUUAAAAAAAAAUAAAGGUAGACCUGAUAUAGUGAAGUUGCGCCUUCCAUUAACACUGAACGAAGUUUUUAAUGGAACAAUAAAAUUAAUUAAGAUUAAAAAAAAAUCUGAUUUUAUUUGUGAUUCAAUGGAAAAUGAAAAGCAAGUUUUGAAAAUAAAAAUACCACGUGGAUUCUCCACAGGAGGAACAUUAAAAUCUGAGAUAUCUAAACCGGACAUAGGACAUAAUAAUAUUAAAACUGUAUACAUUUUCACCACGGAGGAUUUACCCCAUAAAGUGUUCAAACGAGAUAACAUGAAUUUAAUUAUGGUUCAAAAGGUUCUGUUGAAACAAGUAUUACUUGGUAUAAGAAUUGUUAUUGAUACAUUAGACCAUAAGGUAUUAAGGAUAAAUAUCACUGAACCUAUAACACAAGAUUACGUUAAAAUAAUCCACAAUGAAGGCAUGCCUGAUAUAAAUUUUCCAUCAAAACGUGGUAACAUAAUCAUCCAGUUUGACAUAAUUUAUCCACUUUAUUUUCCAAUUACAGAUGAAAAAUUUUGUGAAUUAUUUGACAGCGAAAAAAAUUACCUAAAUAAUUAAUUGUUUUAUAUACAUAUAAUCAGUGUGAUCAUAAUAUAUGUUAAUAUAAUUCUAUAAAAAAAAAAAAUACAAAAUACAAAAUCAUUAUUUUUUUAGGUAAAUUAUUUUAUUUUAUGAAUUUUUAAAUGAUUUGGAUUCAAUUUAAUUUUAUAAUUAAUUUUAGAAAA